UUCUAAUGAUGUAGAAUAACCGUGUGACUGGUGGUGCGCUGCAGCUGCAUUCUGAGCCGAAACAAUCUAGUUACGCUUUGAACGUGACGCCGAACUGGACAUAAAAUCCAGUCUUGUCGAUACGCGACAGGCCUUUGUCGAGCAAUCUCCAAGCGAAACGAAUCUCCAAGCAUCAGGCGAGACAUAAGAGCGCCGUAAAAUAUUGAGAGAUGUCACCACUAACCAUCCACUUCUCCAGGCAGCCAACCUGCUGCGUGUAUGUAUAGAGUGGAAAACGAACGGUUUACAAUAAGAUAUAAGACGACUAAGAUUAUUGUGAACGCGAUAAUAAGAGUCCACGAAGCAACGCCAGAGAGGCGACGAGUCUUCCGCAAUCGGUAGUGUGCCACUUAUGACACAUGAGUUAACGUCAGUCGCAGCGCAUUUGCUCCAACCCUCGCUAUUGCUCAUUGGCUGAAAGGAGAGAGAAUCGAGCCUGACGCGUCACUGAUAUGUGCAGUUUAAUCAAUAAAAAACAAAAUCUAAGAAAUUACAUGUAUAUUUCUGUUUCUUAAUAUGUAAUUUUUUUUACGAAAUCAGCCGUAUCUCUAACUGCUUAGAGCGCCCACAGCGUGUGCUUAGGUGUUCCGUGACGUUUCUUCAUUGCUCGCUUACCUGAUCUAUCGUUACAAGACAAAGAUGACGCCAUAAAAAAAAAAUGUCUUCCGGAAAGCAGUUCAACCAAUCGCGAAGGAGAAACUUAAUCAGAAAUCGAAUAACUGAAAAUGAACGAAAACUUCACGUAACUGCAUCGCUAUAUUUAAUAUUUUAUAAUAGGAAUCUUUAAGAAGCGAUUAACAAUGACGAUGACGAAUUGUAGACAAAGGAUGUGGACUUUAUUUCAGACAUUGCAAAGGCUAUCAACUAACGUUACAGAUAAACGCAAAAUCUGUCGCCUGGGACGAAGGCAUUGCUAUCGCUUUCGUGCAUUAAGGUGAUUAAGAUAUCAUAGAAACAGGUAUUUUAAUUCUGCAAUGCAUCCCCUGAAAUAUUAUAAAUAUGUCAAACGGUGGCGCCGCCAUCAGUGUGUAUGACGUACUGUCAGGGUCUCAUAGUGGCUCUGUAAGAGUUAAUAAACUUUUCAACUCAACCAGACUACCAUAAAAUAUGAAAUAUUAAACAAAUAUUGAAAAUAUCGAAAAUCUAACGUAUCCACAAAGCUCUAAAAUCGUUCCAAAUUGUCAACCUCACAAGGUACUCACAAAUAAUUUGUAUCAGCUUAUGUUUGCCAAGUAGGUAAUAGCAAUAUCAUAUAAAUCCGACCAGGGCCGCAUAACGGAUUUCUGACCAAACGACUAAUGUUUAAAGAGUCAAAUAAAACAUGCGUGGCCCUCACGAGGACCUACAGGAGGCUUGUCGUAUCAGCCAUAUUCUGCGAACACGUUAUGAAACCCGGAUAGGGUUAAUAUCAGGCCUAGCCUUAUUAAUACCGGCUAAGGCCCUGCUAGUGCAUCAGGUACAUCCCUGUAGGCGUUAGACACACGGAUGGCGGCGCCACCAUAGGAGACACAUUUCCCUGAUUAUGCACAGCAGGAUUAGAAUACCUGUUUCUAUAUAGGAUGUGUUCCGAAAGUAUUGCAGUACUGUCAGUACAUUUCGGAACACACCCAUAGUAGCUUCUAGUGCAUAUUUGCUCAGAGUCUCAAAAGUACUGAGCGUGACUACAUUGCCCCGGAAAACGUCGAUGACAGCAAGGAUUGGUGGAUGAGCCGCACCCAAGGAUGCAUCAAAUGCAUCGAACGCAUCGAAUUCGUGCAGGGUAUACGACGACGAGAAUCUAGCAAUUGUUUACAAGUUAUUAGCUGUAAGGUACAAACGAUUGGCAACUGGCGAGUGGCAGCUAGCAGGAAUCCCUCUUGGACCGCCCGCCGAACUAUUGCUCUCUUGCCUGGAGAGAUGAAAACGGAGGACGUCCAGGCCGGGACAUGUGGGACCAACUGCCGGAGCUGAUACUGACGCAGAUAUUGAGCCAACUGUCUCGCGGAGAUCGAGCGAGCGCAGGUCAAGUGUGUCGCAGCUGGAACAGAGCCCUUUCUUCGCCGAUCCUUUGGCGAUCGGUAACCGUUCUGAUCGAUCGUGAUCUUCGUGACGACUUUCCGCUUGCGGGAAAACUAGCGAUCAGAUAUGGGCAGCACAUGCGAAGCCUGGAGUUGGCCUGGUCCCGACCGUACGUCUGCCCGAAGGAACCGCACAUUCGGCGGAACGUCCAGGCUGCGGCUGGCGUUGGCUUCCUGUCCGUCGUGCGCGCCAAGGACGUUCAAUUGAAGAAGCUCAUCCUUACGGAUUGGAUCUUCAGCUGCAAGUGGGGUAACCGCGGGAAACUCCUACACGCGCUCGGAAACUUCCUGGGGUUCGUAAUCCGAAGAAGCGCAGACGAGCGCGAUAUCCUCGCCGCGACCUCUCGUCAUCCCAGACCACGUCAACCUUUUUCAAGUAUCGGCGGUUUCAGGUGUCAACGUAACCUCGAGACCCUCAGUCUACUGAAUGCAAACCUGAGCAUGGCCGACGCGCUGCGUCUCCUAGGCAUCGCUAUCAGAUCCUCUGGUCCUCGAAUGGUUUCCCUCGAUCUACGCGGAACCUUCAGGGAGUGGCAAGCACCGCACAGCAAUCCGAGAUACUUACGGUUGCUGGGACGUCUCCACGCUCUGGGUAGCCUGCGACUGGACUACUCGGCACUUUCGGACGAUGCGCUGGAUGCACUGGCGAGUGCCGCCUCGCAGGCCCUGCAGACUCUUCACGUUUCCGUCAGAGAUUCGGACUCACGACAACAUAUCCUGGCUGACGCAGCCUGGAACAACCUGGUGCGCGCCUGUCCUGGUCUCAUCGUCUCUUACACGAUAGUGAACAUAUCGCACCACGAAGACGUGUCUUACCUGCUGCUUCCCAGCGUCCCGCUCGGCUGCUUCCACAUGUUCAGUGGUCACGUCUGGGAUCAGAAUAGAUCGCGAAACUUUCGAAGCACCGUCGAGCUUCUCAUUAGCUACUAUACCAAUACGCUAGCCGAAGUGAUACUGCAGCUGAGGAACAAUCGCGAGUCUCUCGACGAUCUCCUCGUCUCUAUGCUAAUUCGAUGCAAGAGACUUAAUCAGCUUCAAUACGAUGGGAUAAUCAGGAGUCUGGCCACCGUCAAGGAUAUGUGCCAGCUUCAGGCGGAGCAGAGGACUCAUUUUCGUAAGAUUCAUGUGAAGCCGCGUAACGUGAAUCCUCGAAAUCGAAUUCUUCUGGAGAGUAUCGGCUGUCAGUAUGAACGAAAGAUGCACGAACAGGGCGUCGAUUUCCGUAUCGAGGAUUCAGCCUCAGUGUUUCAUUUCUAUUGAUUCCCUCCGUUACCACGUCAAGUUCUGACACUGCAUUCAAACUAUUUGCGACAAGAUGAAAUCGUUGACAAGAUGCAAUCGAGAAAUUCUAAACCAAAAGAUUUAAAUGGGAGUGCUAAGAGUGCUCGAUCCCAAAGAAACAUCAAGAGCAAGACAGCUGUUUUAUGUAAGAUUUAUUUAUUAAAAUCAACGGCAAUCUUUGUA